CUUGGCCGGGGCGCGUGAAUUGCACUUGGCGCGUAAGUUCAUUAGCGUUUGCAAUCAGCGGCGGGCAGACCCCGCAUCGCAGCCGGCAGCCGGCGAGAGCCAUUCAUCAGCGGGAAGUGUUAUUCACGGGUGACCCCUAAAUCACGGCCCGCGUAGUAGAUGCCCUGAUUGGUCACAGCGCGGGAGCCUCGGUGCUUCCCCGAGCCGACGCGGCGGGAGGGGCGAGGAGGGAGGGGCGGCGAGCGUGGUUCAGUCCGGCAAAUCCCAUUUGACAGGAAAAGGCAGUAAACGGGGAAUCUCUUUUUUUGAAUAAAGAAGAAGAAGAAAUAAAGUACCUGUCAGCUUGACAAGUGGCGGAGCGGAGGAGUCUAGGAUUAUAAAUGAUCGCAGCCGGCCCAGCUCGCCCUGUGAUUGGGCUCUCCCGCGAUCGGCGCCGGGAAGCGCAGGAGAGGCCAAUGAGAGCUGAACCCUGAGCAGACUGUGGGCCAGUCAGGGCUGAUGAGCACACAGAGGAAUGAAGUAUGGAUGUGAAGGAACGCAGGCCUUACUGCUCGCUCACCAAAAGCAGACGAGAGAAAGAGCGGCGGUAUACAAAUUCCUCGGCAGACAAUGAGGAGUGCAGAGUCCCUACGCAGAAGUCUUACAGUUCCAGCGAAACCUUGAAAGCGUUUGAUCAUGAUUCCUCCCGGCUGCUUUAUGGAAACAGAGUAAAGGAUUUGGUUCACAGAGAAGCAGACGAGUACACCAGACAAGGACAGAAUUUUACCCUAAGGCAGUUAGGCGUUUGUGAACCAGCAAAUCGAAGAGGACUGGCAUUUUGUGCGGAAAUGGGUCUCCCCCACAGAGGUUACUCCAUCAGUGCAGGGUCAGAUGCUGACACUGAAAAUGAAGCAGUGAUGUCCCCAGAGCAUGCCAUGAGACUGUGGGGCAGGGGGGUCAAAUCGGGCCGCAGCUCCUGCCUGUCCAGUCGGUCCAACUCGGCCCUCACCCUGACAGACACGGAGCAUGAAAACAAGUCGGAUAGUGAGAGCGAGCAACCUGUGAACAAUCCAGGCCAGUCCGCCCUGCAGCCGCUGCCGCCUUCCCAUAAACAGCAGUCCGCACAGCACCAUCCAUCCAUCACUUCCCUCAACAGAAACUCCCUGACCCACAGAAGGAGCCAGAGUCCGGCCCCGCCGGCUGCUUUGCCCGCCGAGCUGCAAACCACACCCGAGUCCGUCCAGCUGCAGGACAGCUGGGUCCUUGGCAGUAAUGUACCACUGGAAAGCAGGCAUUUCCUAUUCAAAACAGGAACAGGGACGACGCCGCUGUUCAGUACUGCAACCCCAGGGUACACCAUGGCAUCUGGCUCUGUCUACUCGCCGCCCACUCGGCCACUGCCUAGAAACACCCUAUCGAGAAGCGCUUUUAAAUUCAAGAAAUCUUCCAAGUACUGUAGCUGGAAAUGCACCGCACUGUGUGCCGUAGGGGUAUCGGUGCUCCUGGCAAUUCUGCUCUCCUAUUUUAUAGCAAUGCAUCUGUUUGGCCUCAACUGGCAGUUACAGCAGAGUGAAAAUGAUACAUUUGAGAACGGAAAAGUGAAUUCUGACACCAUGCCGACGAACACCGUGUCAUUACCUUCUGGCGACAACGGAAAAUUAGGUGGAUUUACACAAGAAAAUAACACCAUAGAUUCCGGAGAACUUGAUAUUGGCCGAAGAGCAAUUCAAGAGGUUCCUCCCGGGAUCUUCUGGAGAUCACAGCUCUUUAUUGAUCAGCCACAGUUUCUUAAAUUCAAUAUCUCUCUUCAGAAGGAUGCAUUGAUUGGAGUAUACGGCCGAAAAGGCUUACCACCUUCCCAUACUCAGUAUGACUUCGUCGAGCUUCUGGACGGCAGCAGGCUGAUCGCGAGAGAGCAGCGGAACCUGGUGGAAGCCGAGAGAGCAGGCCGGCAGGCGAGGUCCGUCAGCCUGCACGAGGCUGGCUUCAUCCAGUACUUGGACUCCGGCAUCUGGCAUCUGGCUUUUUAUAAUGAUGGGAAAAAUGCCGAACAGGUGUCUUUUAAUACCAUUGUCAUAGAGUCGGUGGUGGAGUGCCCCCGAAAUUGCCAUGGAAAUGGAGAGUGUGUUUCUGGAACUUGCCAUUGUUUUCCAGGAUUUCUAGGUCCGGAUUGUUCAAGAGCAGCCUGCCCAGUGCUGUGCAGCGGCAAUGGACAGUACUCCAAGGGCCGCUGCCUCUGUUUCAGCGGCUGGAAGGGCACGGAGUGUGACGUGCCCACCACACAGUGCAUCGACCCCCAGUGCGGGGGGCGUGGGAUCUGCAUCAUGGGCUCCUGUGCUUGCAACUCGGGAUACAAAGGAGAAAACUGUGAAGAAGCGGACUGUCUAGAUCCCGGAUGUUCGAAUCAUGGCCUGUGUAUUCAUGGGGAAUGUCACUGUAGCCCCGGAUGGGGGGGCAACAAUUGUGAAAUACUCAAGACCAUGUGCCCCGACCAGUGCUCUGGCCACGGCACGUAUCUUCAGGAAAGUGGCUCCUGCACCUGUGACCCCAACUGGACUGGCCCAGACUGCUCCAAUGAAAUCUGUUCGGUGGACUGCGGCUCACACGGCGUUUGCAUGGGGGGCACGUGUCGCUGUGAGGAAGGCUGGACGGGCGCAGCUUGCAACCAGAGGGCCUGUCACCCGCGCUGCGCUGAACACGGCACCUGCAGGGAUGGCAAGUGCGAAUGCAGCCAGGGCUGGAACGGAGAACACUGCACGAUCGCUCACUAUUUGGAUAAGAUAGUGAAAGCAGACAAGAUAGGAUAUAAAGAGGGCUGUCCGGGUCUGUGCAACAGCAAUGGGAGAUGUACCCUGGACCAGAACGGCUGGCAUUGUGUUUGCCAGCCCGGGUGGAGAGGCGCGGGAUGCGACGUAGCCAUGGAGACCCUGUGCACAGAUAGCAAGGACAAUGAAGGAGAUGGACUUACUGACUGCAUGGAUCCCGAUUGCUGUUUACAGAGCUCCUGCCAAAACCAGCCCUACUGUCGCGGAUUGCCUGACCCCCAGGAUAUCAUCAGCCAGAGCUUACAGUCACCAUCUCAGCAAGCGGCCAAAUCCUUCUACGAGCGAAUCAGCUUUCUUAUAGGACCAGAUAGCACCCACGUGAUACCUGGAGACAGUCCUUUCAACAAGAGCCUUGCGUCGGUCAUCAGAGGCCAGGUGCUCACGGCUGAUGGGACACCCCUCAUUGGUGUCAAUGUCUCGUUUUUCCAUUACCCGGAAUAUGGAUACACCAUCACCCGCCAGGAUGGAAUGUUUGACUUGGUGGCAAAUGGGGGAGCUUCUCUGACUCUGGUGUUUGAGCGAUCCCCAUUCCUCACUCAGUAUCAUACAGUGUGGAUUCCCUGGAAUGUGUUUUAUGUGAUGGACACCCUAGUCAUGAAGAAAGAAGAGAAUGACAUUCCCAGCUGUGACCUGAGUGGCUUUGUGAGGCCGAAUCCUAUCAUUGUGUCAUCACCUUUAUCUACCUUUUUUAGAUCUUCACCUGAAGACAGUCCCAUUAUUCCUGAAACACAGGUGCUCCACGAAGAAACCACGAUCCCAGGAACAGAUUUGAAGCUUUCCUACCUGAGCUCCAGGGCCGCGGGCUAUAAGUCCGUCCUCAAGAUCACCAUGACCCAGGCGGUGAUACCGUUUAACCUCAUGAAGGUUCAUCUCAUGGUGGCUGUGGUGGGAAGACUCUUCCAGAAGUGGUUUCCUGCCUCCCCGAACCUGGCCUACACUUUCAUAUGGGAUAAAACAGACGCAUACAACCAGAAGGUGUAUGGUCUAUCUGAAGCUGUUGUGUCGGUCGGAUACGAGUAUGAGUCGUGUUUGGACCUGACCCUGUGGGAAAAGAGGACCGCCAUUCUGCAAGGCUAUGAGCUGGACGCAUCCAACAUGGGCGGCUGGACUCUAGAUAAGCACCACGUCCUGGAUGUUCAGAACGGGAUCCUGUACAAGGGAAACGGGGAGAAUCAGUUCAUCUCCCAGCAGCCGCCCGUCGUCAGCAGCAUCAUGGGUAACGGGCGCAGGCGCAGCAUCUCCUGCCCAAGUUGCAACGGCCAGGCCGACGGUAACAAACUCCUGGCCCCGGUCGCCUUGGCUUGCGGCAUUGAUGGCAGCCUGUACGUCGGGGACUUCAACUACGUUCGGCGCAUAUUCCCUUCCGGAAACGUGACCAGCGUUUUAGAGCUAAGAAAUAAAGAUUUUAGACAUAGCAGCAACCCAGCCCACAGAUACUACCUUGCAACUGACCCAGUCACGGGCGAUCUGUAUGUUUCCGACACAAACACCCGCAGGAUUUAUCGCCCAAAGUCACUUACGGGUGCAAAGGACUUAACCAAAAACGCCGAAGUGAUUGCGGGCACAGGGGAGCAGUGCCUUCCGUUUGAUGAAGCCAGGUGCGGGGACGGCGGGAAGGCAGUGGAAGCAACGCUCAUGAGUCCCAAAGGAAUGGCGAUUGAUAAGAACGGACUAAUCUACUUUGUGGAUGGCACCAUGAUCAGGAAAGUCGAUCAGAAUGGAAUCAUAUCAACUCUCUUGGGCUCCAACGACCUGACCUCAGCCCGACCUUUAACCUGUGACACCAGCAUGCACAUCAGUCAGGUGCGCCUGGAGUGGCCCACCGACCUGGCCAUUAACCCGAUGGACAACUCCAUUUAUGUCCUGGAUAAUAACGUGGUUUUGCAGAUCACUGAGAACCGCCAGGUCCGGGUCGCUGCCGGCCGGCCCAUGCACUGCCAGGUCCCCGGCGUGGAGUAUUCCGUGGGCAAGCUCGCGGUGCAGACCACCCUGGAGUCGGCCACUGCCAUCGCCGUGUCCUACAGCGGGGUCCUGUAUAUCACAGAAACAGACGAAAAGAAAAUCAACCGCAUAAGGCAGGUGACCACCGAUGGGGAGAUCUCCCUGGUGGCUGGGAUACCCUCGGAGUGCGACUGCAAAAACGAUGCCAACUGUGACUGCUACCAGACGGGGGACGGCUACGCCAAGGACGCCAAGUUGAACGCCCCGUCCUCCCUGGCCGCCUCCCCCGACGGGACGCUGUACAUCGCCGACCUGGGCAACAUCCGCAUCCGGGCGGUGUCCAAGAACAGGCCUCUGCUGAGCUCCAUGAACUUCUAUGAAGUGGCCUCUCCCACGGACCAGGAGCUCUACAUCUUUGACGUCAAUGGCACCCACCAGUUCACGGUGAGCCUAGUCACGGGCGACUACCUCUACAACUUCAGCUACAGCAACGACAACGACAUCACGGCCGUGACAGACAGCAAUGGCAACACCCUGCGGAUCAGGCGGGACCCGAAUCGGAUGCCAGUGCGCGUGGUGUCUCCGGAUAACCAAGUGAUAUGGUUGACCAUAGGCACCAAUGGAUGCUUGAAGAGCAUGACGGCCCAGGGCCUAGAGCUAGUUUUGUUCACGUACCAUGGCAACAGUGGCCUACUGGCCACUAAAAGCGAUGAAACUGGAUGGACCACCUUUUUUGACUAUGACAGCGAAGGGCGCCUCACAAAUGUCACCUUCCCAACUGGAGUGGUGACAAAUCUUCAUGGGGACAUGGACAAGGCCAUCACGGUGGACAUCGAGUCAUCCAGCCGAGAAGAGGACGUCAGCAUCACUUCAAAUCUGUCCUCAAUUGAUUCUUUCUACACCAUGGUUCAAGAUCAGUUAAGAAACAGCUACCAGAUUGGUUUUGACGGCUCCCUGCGGAUCAUCUACGCCAGCGGCCUGGACUCCCACUACCAGACGGAGCCCCACGUGCUGGCUGGCACUGCCAACCCAACCGUCGCCAAGAGGAACAUGACGCUACCUGGUGAGAAUGGCCAAAAUCUGGUAGAAUGGAGAUUCCGGAAAGAGCAAGCGCAAGGAAAAGUCAACGUCUUCGGCCGGAAGCUGCGGGUGAACGGCAGAAACCUCCUUUCGGUUGACUUUGAUCGAACAACAAAGACGGAGAAGAUCUAUGACGACCACCGUAAGUUUCUGCUGAGGAUUGCCUACGACACGUCGGGCCACCCCACGCUCUGGCUGCCCAGCAGCAAGCUGAUGGCCGUCAAUGUCACCUACUCAUCCACCGGUCAGAUCGGCAGCGUCCAGCGGGGAACCACCAGCGAGAAAGUGGAUUAUGACAGCCAGGGCAGGAUUGUGUCCCGGGUCUUCGCCGAUGGGAAAACCUGGAGUUACACGUACUUAGAAAAGUCCAUGGUGCUCCUGCUGCACAGCCAGCGCCAGUACAUCUUCGAGUAUGACAUGUGGGACCGGCUGUCGGCCAUCACCAUGCCCAGCGUGGCGCGCCACACCAUGCAGACCAUCCGCUCGGUCGGCUACUACCGGAACAUCUACAACCCCCCGGAGAGCAACGCCUCGGUCAUCACCGACUACAGCGAGGAGGGGCUUCUGCUGCAGACCGCGUUCCUGGGGACCAGCCGCAGGGUCUUGUUCAAGUACAGACGGCAGACCAGGCUCUCGGAGAUUCUGUACGACAGCACGCGGGUCAGCUUCACCUACGACGAGACGGCCGGCGUCCUGAAGACCGUCAACCUCCAGAGCGACGGCUUCAUCUGCACCAUCCGCUACCGGCAGAUCGGGCCGCUCGUCGACCGGCAGAUCUUCCGCUUCAGCGAGGACGGGAUGGUGAACGCCAGGUUUGACUACAGCUACGACAACAGCUUCCGCGUGACCAGCAUGCAGGGCGUCAUCAACGAAACGCCGCUGCCCAUCGACCUCUAUCAGUUCGACGACAUCUCGGGCAAGGUGGAGCAGUUUGGCAAGUUUGGCGUCAUCUACUACGACAUCAACCAGAUCAUCUCCACCGCCGUGAUGACGUACACCAAGCACUUCGACGCCCACGGCCGCAUCAAGGAGAUCCAGUACGAGAUAUUCAGGUCCCUCAUGUACUGGAUUACCAUCCAGUACGAUAACAUGGGCCGGGUGACCAAGCGGGAGAUCAAAAUAGGGCCCUUUGCCAACACCACCAAGUACGGCUACGAGUAUGACGUGGACGGGCAGCUGCAGACCGUCUAUCUGAACGAGAAGAUCAUGUGGCGCUACAACUACGACCUGAACGGGAACCUCCACCUGCUGAACCCCAGCAACAGCGCGCGCCUCACGCCCCUCCGCUACGACCUCCGGGACCGAAUCACGCGGCUGGGCGACGUCCAGUACCGGCUGGACGAGGACGGCUUCCUGCGGCAGAGGGGCACCGAGAUCUUCGAGUACAGCUCCAAGGGGCUGCUCACCCGCGUGUACAGCAAAGGCAGCGGCUGGACGGUCAUCUACCGCUACGACGGGCUGGGCAGGCGCGUGUCCACCAAGACCAGUCUGGGGCAGCACCUGCAGUUCUUCUACGCCGACCUCACGUACCCCACCAGGAUUACGCACGUCUACAACCACUCCAGCUCGGAAAUCACCUCUCUCUACUACGACCUCCAGGGACACCUUUUCGCCAUGGAGAUCAGCAGUGGAGACGAGUUCUACAUCGCGUCCGACAACACCGGGACGCCCUUGGCCGUGUUCAGCAGCAACGGACUUAUGCUGAAGCAGAUCCAGUACACCGCCUACGGGGAGAUCUACUUUGACUCCAAUAUCGACUUUCAGCUGGUCAUUGGAUUUCACGGGGGCUUGUACGACCCACUCACAAAGUUAAUCCACUUCGGAGAAAGAGACUAUGACAUUUUGGCAGGACGCUGGACUACGCCUGACAUAGAAAUCUGGAAAAGAAUUGGGAAGGACCCAGCUCCUUUUAAUCUGUAUAUGUUUAGGAAUAACAAUCCCGCAAGCAAGAUCCAUGACGUGAAAGACUACAUCACAGAUGUUAACAGCUGGCUGGUGACAUUCGGCUUCCAUCUGCACAAUGCUAUUCCUGGGUUCCCUGUGCCCAAAUUUGAUUUAACGGAGCCUUCCUACGAACUAGUGAAGAGUCAGCAGUGGGAUGAUACGCCGCCCAUCUUUGGAGUCCAGCAACAAGUGGUGCGGCAGGCCAAGGCCUUCCUGUCCCUGGGGAAGAUGGCCGAGGUCCAGGUGAGCCGGCGCCGGGGCGGCGGCGCGCAGUCGUGGCUGUGGUUCGCCACGGUCAAGUCGCUGAUCGGCAAGGGCGUGAUGCUGGCCGUCAGCCAGGGCCGCGUGCAGACCAACGUGCUCAACAUCGCCAACGAGGACUGCAUCAAGGUGGCCGCCGUGCUCAACAACGCCUUCUACCUGGAGAACCUGCACUUCACCAUCGAGGGCAAGGACACGCACUACUUCAUCAAGACCACCACGCCCGAGAGCGACCUGGGCACGCUGCGGCUGACCAGCGGCCGCAAGGCCCUGGAGAACGGCAUCAACGUGACCGUGUCGCAGUCCACCACGGUGGUCAACGGCAGGACUCGCAGGUUCGCCGACGUGGAGAUGCAGUUCGGCGCGCUGGCGCUGCACGUGCGCUACGGCAUGACCCUGGACGAGGAGAAGGCGCGCAUCCUGGAGCAGGCGCGCCAGCGCGCGCUCGCCCGGGGGACCGGCUUUCAAGAAGAUGUUUACAUGUGCGGGUCGCGCACGCGUCUGGGCCCGGGCGUGGCCGCCCAAGGGGAGAAGGCGGAGCGCGGUGCCGCGGGCGCCCGGCGACGGGCGAGCGGUGGGACCGAGCUGCCGGGCUCCGCUCUCGAGGGGUCGUCAGUCUCUGCACCCGAGGCGCUGGUCUCUCUUGUUCGACUUAAAAUGUGGGGCGCAGGGCGGUUUGCAGACGCCCAACUGCUCUCCGCCGCGCUCUGCGCAAAGACCCGGCGCCGGGGACUUCUGCUCGCGGGGAUGUGA